AUAAACCUGAUACUAGUUCUAUUAAUUAACACCACCAUUUCCUUAGUCCUAGUUACAAUUGCAUUCUGACUCCCUCAAUUAAAUAUCUAUUCAGAAAAAUCAAGCCCUUAUGAAUGCGGAUUCGAUCCCAUAGGAUCAGCACGACUCCCUUUCUCUAUAAAAUUUUUUCUAGUAGCCAUUACAUUUUUACUUUUUGACCUAGAAAUUGCUCUCCUCCUCCCACUCCCAUGAGCCGCACAAUUUAAUAAUUUAAACCUAGUCCUCAUCAUAGCACUUAUGUUAAUCUCAAUCUUAGCCCUUGGAUUAGCCUACGAAUGAAUCCAAAAAGGACUAGAAUGAGUUGAAUA